AUGAAACCGUCGGUGGUCAGCGUUGGACUGGUGACCAACAUCAUUAACUGCCUGGUGUUCAGACGCCAAGGACUGGGAGACCGCAUGAACCUCUGUCUCUAUGUGCUGGCGCUUGUUGAUACGGUGUAUCUGGCCCACACCAUGAUGUUCACUGUGGCCUACUGGGUUAGAAUCCAGCAUCCGUUGCUGGGAGACGAGUUGUACCAGAAGCUUCGUGGCUACACCAUGGGUGUGAACUAUGGGUUUAGAGAGGCCUCGGCCUGCAUCAGUGUGGUCAUUGCUGUGGAGCGAUGUGUAUGUGUAGUGUUUCCACUCCGGGCCAACAAACUCAUGAGCACCAGAACCAUGGGCAUCCUGCUAGUUACCAUAGUGAUCGGCAUGCAGCUGGCUUUCCUCACCACACCUUUCAAGAAAUACGUUUUUUCUGUGACCAACAACGUGACGGGGGAAACCUCUUGGACUCUGGGGCUGUCACAUGCCUGGCAGAAGAAUGAGAAUCUGCUUGUGUACGACAAGGUGGAGGACACGAUCAUGCUCGUGAUGUUUCCUUUCCUCACCUUCAUCCUCGUUUCCUGUGCGACGGCCAUCACGGUGAUGAGACUGAGGGCCGCCAUGUCGUGGCGGGAAAAGAUGAGCUCUUUCAAGGGGAAUAAUCUCGGCCAACAGGUGGCGUUAACCAAGAUGCUCAUAGCUUCAUCCAUUGCGUUUGUCAUCUGUAAGAUUCCGAUGAUCUCGAUCAGUCUGGUCCGCAUAUUUAAUCCCGAGUUCUCUCCCUAUGGCAGUCAGUCCAACGUCUACAAAGUGGCGGAGCUCAUGGCGCAUUACUUCCCCUACGCACACAGCGCAUUCACCUUCUUCAUUUAUUAUUCGCAGUCCCUGAAGUUCAAGACUGUGCUCGCGUCUGUCUGCGCAUGUCAUAUUAAGACUAACGGUUUAGUCCGCAAAAGAGUUAUUGCCCCUAGCGGAAGGAGGCCUGAGACUCAUCAUCAGUCUAACCCACCAGGUGAAGGUUCAUAG